UGGACGAUUGAACAAUAUGCUGAAAAGUUUGUGAUGUGAUUUACAAUAUUUGUCAAAUUUAUUGAAUAAUAUCAUGGGAAAGGGUAAACAAGCCCAGAGAACCAAAAACAAUGCUAGGCCAUCCAACAGCAGUCGGAGUGCCGAAUUUUUGGGAUCGACAGCCCAAAAUUUGGUCGGAUUUUCAGCUCUUAAAGAUGCUGGUAUCACGUCUUCCACUAUUAUUAAAGAAGGAGGCUUAACAUCCUUACUACCCAACCUCAGCAUCAGCACCAUCAGCGAUGUGGACAUGACAAACAUCGACUCCAAGUUUCAUCUUGUUCUGAAGAAAAUGAACAAGAAAGACUCCACCACAAAAUGCAAAGCCUUACAAGAAUUUAUAGAACUUUGUCGAAACUCAGAAGCAUCUUCAAUUGAAAGCCUACUCUCUUUUUGGGCCCGCAUCUACGGACAACUAGCAAACGAUGUUGAACAUAAAGUUCGAGAAUUGACCCAACUAGCCCACGCAGCUGUUGUAAAACGCGUUGGAAAAAAUAUUGCUGUUUAUCUAAAACAACUGGCGGGUCCAUGGUUUAUAUCUCAAUAUGACACUUAUCCUCCAGCAGCUUCAGCUGCUCUCAAUUCUUUCAACGAAACUUUCCCACCAAAUAAGGUAGUCAGCGCAAUCAUUCACUGUCAAGAGGAGAUUCUAAAGUUCAUUUUCGAAAACAUUUCAAGCCAGGCAUCGCUAUCACAGUCCAAAAAAACUUCUCUCUCGCCUGAAGAACUCGAAGCCAAACAUCAAAGAUUACUAGUUUCAAGUUUGCAGGCUUACACUUUUUAUUUAAAGACAGUUCCCGCUUCGGAGAUUGAAAAAACCAUCGAGAUUCAUCGCAUGAUUUUGGGUAAGAACAGCAAAUACUGGAAACUCGCGAAUCAUGAAUCUAUUCAAAUUAAAACUGGAUUCUUUAAUAUCUUAGCUUCUGCUAUUGAGAAUGCUAUCGAGUUGUUAGAAAAUGAAAAGAAAAGAGCAAUGACAUCCAUUAUCAAUAGUCUUGAUGAAACUGAUCCAGGACUUCUUUCCGCUGUUUGGGAAGCAAUGCUAAUAGCGGUGAUGAAAAUAGAAAAUUGGUUCGAACUCGUCAGCAUCGAGAAGUUUGUUCUUCCAAAACUCUGGCGAGUUUUGAAACAUGGAAGCCAGUCUUGUCCAACCAUAAUGUAUCCGAAUUUGUUACCUUUUCUCGGUCAGUUUCCGAAGUUUAAUCUCGACUCGAAGGAACUAUUUGCAAAUUUCUUCAAUAAUAUGCGCGAGGGAUUUUCGACAAAAAUAGUCAAAUUGACUUAUUCAGAAACAUCCGCGAUUGUAACUUCUUUUGUGGAAUGUUUGCGAUAUGCUGUUGUUAUAAAUUCAAGCAAUCAAGAGAUUUGCUCGAGUCUUUUGAAGGAACAGCUGAUGUCGAUGAUAGAGUUUUCUUUGAGAGAAAACGUCCCUUACAAUAAAGUUUUCUUUUUUGAAGUGUCGCAGUUGAUCCGAUAUUGGACGAAACAAUCCAACGAAUGCAGUACUUACUCUCAUCUUGUAGAUAAUUUUUGGAUAGAACUCGACCUUAUUUUUGAAAAGAUAUCUAUCGCAGGAGACGAAAGCUUCGAAGAAGGAAGAGUUUCUUCAAUUUUUAAUUCACAGAUUGAUUUUCUUCUUGCCCUGAAAAAUUCCCCAGUUCCUAAACCUAGCAGGAAAGUUAAAUUCUUGGAUUAUAGUAACGCCGAGAUUGAACCGAAAACCGAAAAUGUAAUCCGAGAAGACGAUUGGCAGUUUUUAAGCAAACUUGAGAAUUUCAUCAAAACUCUCUCUGUUUCCUAUUUCAAGAAAACGAAUUCGGAAUCGUCGAAGAAGAAUAUUCCAAGGUUCGUUAAACUUAUCUCCAAUUUCGAAACUAAAGAGCUCUUUAUAGCGCUCUCGAAAUCCCUUAAAGACGACGCAGAUCUUAUGUCAUUUUAUGAAGUUGUAAAGAGUUGGCUCAGUGGAAAGGCAGAAGAAACUGAAGCUGGUGUUCAACUGGUAUUUACCCUGCUGAAAUACAUCGAGGAAUCGAAUCAAGAAAAAGUUUUGAAUUCGUUAUUAAAGCUAAACAAUAAUUUUGUUUUGAAAAAUGCACUUUUAAAUGCUUUGUCGAAGGAAAACAGAAACAGCAAAGCAGUUAAAUCCUGGUGUGCCAACUUCGAUGUAGGAUUGAUUUUAAAAGAAGUUGCAGAAUCAAUAGUCAAUUCGGAAUCAAGAGAUCUAGAAGUGAAUAAAAAGAUGAUUCUAUUAGUCUUUGAAUCAACCGAUGAUGGAGUUCCAUUAAUUUCUAGUGAAGCAAUUUUCAUUCUCGUUUCAACUUUGGCUUCUGCGCUCAACAAACCCGACAGAAAUUCGAAAUCCAUAGCGAUUUUAAUUUCCCAAAUUCUGGAACUCACUUCGGCUUAUGUGAAUUUGACUGAUUCUUCAAUAAUCGCUGCAGUAUUUUUUAUGCUCGAAAAGCUUUUCGAGUUCAGUAUCACAACUGAGAUAAAAGACGAAACUGUUCGUUGCAUCUGGAAACGCAACAUUACUCGAGUUGCUCAAGCCAUUCCGCAUUCUCGUUUCCUUGAACUUGUGAGAAAUCUGGCUAAUAUUGUCUGGAAGAAAAUGUUCGAAACGAAUCCCGAGAGUGAGAAUAAUUCUGAAAAUAAUUGUGAGAUAGAAGUAGCGACUGAUUUUAUAGAAUCUGUAAUUGAAAGCAGCGGAUAUUGCGAGACAGAGAAAAACAAGGAAAUUAUCAAAUUGUUCUUAACAGAGUUGGAUUUAAGAAAGUGGAUCACAAACUUUUCUGGGAUCGUUCUUUAUGCUGAGAUCGUAACUGGAAAUCUCUACGAGAAAGUGGAUAAGAAGAAAGAAGAAGUACGAGUAUGGGAUGAGUUUAUAUCCUUUGAUUUGAACAACAACUUUGAAGAUUAUUCUGCAAAAUCUUUGAAGUGGGCUCUCUUUACCACGAAGCUUCUUAACAAUUUACUUCCACGAAUGCACGAAGAUCAUCGACAAGAGGAUUCCAGGUCACUUGAAAGUAUCACCCUCUCCAACAUUUUGGAAGUCUUCUUCAACGUGAUUUACGUUUUCACACUAGGACAAAUUUACCAAACAUAUUAUAAGUCCGCAAAACAUUAUACGGAAGUGACGUCCCUCUUGUCUCAAAUCUCUAAAGAAUUCAGCACAUUAAAACGAUUCCUAACAAUCGACCUGCGAGAAGAGAUUGGAAAUUUCUUCAACAAUAAUGUCUAUGACAAAAUCCUUCCUCAUCUCUUGCAUGUUUACCAUACCGAGUUUGAACCAGACGUGACGCCUUCCAUGUAUUACAAAAAUUACAAGACUAUUAUUUCAACCGAGGAAGAGAAAAGGCUCUCCUUCAUUCGAGGAGUUCAAAUUUUAUCCCAAUAUUUCGAUGAUGAGGUUUUAGGAAACCUAGAGGAUGCUUCACCAGAAGAAGCUCUGAUCAUAUCAAAAAGCAAACUCACUCCACAGGAUUUUAAAUUAAUCGAAGAUUUGGAUCGAGUCAUGAACUCUCCAAAGGGAAAUCCUUGCGCUUCUUUAUAUGAUAGAGUGAUUUCCAAAUUUGAUUCAGACGUUUCAUUGGCCUUGGAGAUGAUAAAUAGUUUUACGAAACUGGUAACUAUUCAUCCAACGAAAUUAACCACUGACCACUGGGAUUUCAUCAUGACGUCGAUGGUAGAACUUCAAGUAUCCAUUCUUCAAACGAUAAAGUGGUGUCAAACUCAGGAACAGCAAUUUUACCCGAUGCGUGUCUCUGCUCUCGUGAUAGCUGUCAGCAAUCUUUAUUCGGCAGUUCAGAGUCUGAUGAACAAACAUGAAAAGGAGCCAAUCUCAGAAUUACCUCCUGAGUUACUCGACGAAUGGAAGAACGUCUUUCUAAUCCACACCCAGGCUGGAAUUUCUCAGAUCUGGAUCAGCAUUAGUGGAUCAUUAGCAAAAACCUAUGAAAAGUCAACUUCAUCUCCAACAACUCUAGUUCUUCUAGACACCGUAGGAACUGCUAUCAAGUUUGUCGACGGGGACAUUUUCUGCCAGAAACAAGAGGAGUCUCGUAUAAAUCCCCUCACACCAAAUGAAGUCAUUCUCUCAUCAUUGAAAUUGAUGACAUCUCCAGUUCCGAGUUUACAACUCGGAGGUUACUUCAUGCUGGAUCACUUGAUUCCAGAACUGAUUAAACAGGACAAGGCUGCAAUUCUAGACGAUAGUUUUGAUCCAAAGUCACUCAACCUCGCGAAAUUCGAAGAGAUUCUUUCAAGUGUUCAGAAUAUUGUUAAGUCGAUGCUGAUGGAUUUCAAGCUCUGUGACAUGAUAAGUUGUACGAUUCAACCUUACACGGAUUCGUAUACUUAUACUCUCGGAUUUUUAUUAACCUGGAGUGUCCUUCUGAAGAUGUGUGCUAAAGCUCAUGGGGAUUUGCGAUACCAGUACGCAGAAAUACUCAAGGAUAAAUAUUUCCCUUGUUUGAUGGAAACUAUCUUCAAAUUGAUGCCCGUAGAGCUUCUUCAGGAUAAGAAAGCAAAGGCGCCAAAGUUGCUUGCAAUUUUUAGGAGCCGGCCUUCCUUAGAGUUUUCAGAAAGCUGGACGGAGUGGAGACUGGAUCAUAUAGCAUGCUGGCUAUAUUCCAAUUCUCUGAGGUUUCUUCCGGUUUUGGUGAGGCAAUGGUGGAGCACAACUGAUAGCAGAGUCAGUGCUGCUAUUGACAAGAUCACAUCGAUUCAUGUCAGUCCGAUGUUGUGUCAAGAAGAGCUGCAAAGCAACAAGUUUGAGAAUAUUGAAAAUAUGCAGGUGAAGGUUCUCCCAUCAGCGAGGGAGGUGAUUGCUCUCUAUCAGAUGGAUGAAACCAAACUGGAAUUGAGCAUCGUUCUUCCAACUAACCAUCCUUUGGGAGCUGUGACGAUCACACCUUGUCAGUAUGUGGGGGGAACUGCGAAUUGGAGAAAUUGUCACAUGCAAUUGUCAAUUCUUCUGACUCAUCAGAAUGGAUCGCUUUGGGACGGUUUGAUGCUCUGGAAAACUAAUCUCGAUAAAAGGUUCGCUGGAAUUGAAGAGUGUUGUAUUUGCUUCAGUGUUUUCCACAUCAGUACCUACCAAAUUCCGAAAUCAUCCUGCCACACUUGUAGAAAGAAGUUUCAUACUAACUGUUUAUACAAGUGGUUCAACACGAGUCAAAAGUCAUCCUGUCCGAUUUGUAGGAAUGUAUUUUGAGAUUUAAAAAUUUCAAGUGUAAAGUGCAAAGUAGUUUUAGAACCACGGUUGAUGAAAACCAAAGACUUCUGGGAAGACUAUUUGAUAGAUUUUGCAAGAAAUUUUUAAUAGAUUUGAGUUUUCGGAGAGAAAGAGAAAACAGUAUUUUAAAUGGAGCAUGUUUUAAAUAUUGUAUUUGUGCUUCGAAGGUUGUUUAAUAAGAUUCAAGAUAUUACGUUAUAAUGUUUUCGUUUUAGGAAGUAUGAGUCUGUACUGAAUGGCGAAGCUUAAAUUAGUCUAGUGACUCAGAAAUAAAUUCUUCUGGAGAUCUUUGAGUUAGAA